AAUGAAGUAUUAGGCUGAAAAGUAAAGUUCCACAAAAGUUAUAAGUAACUCUUUCCUUUCACAUGCGCGAGCAUUUUGUGAAUAAGAUUGAGACGUCUAUCGGUAAGAGAAAGCGCUGAAAAGCGUCAUUGCUGGCAGCGAAUUUAUUAAGAGAAUCUCGAUCCGGAUAAGCAAUUUGAAAAGAGUCCGAAUGAGAGUCAGGAGAGGGAUCAAUCCACGUGGCGCGGUGAAUUGAUUGAACUUAAAACGCGAUUCUAUUAACGAUGAAUAAAGGAGAAUAUCUUUCCGAGGGUAACGGGACAAACGGCAGUCUGCCGAGUGAAAUCGAUGAGCUAAUAGGCUUGCUCGGAGUUAGACAGUUAGCUAAUUAAGUCGGCAUUAUUGGAUCAUGGAAGCCAAGCAUCGCGCUUGCAUCCCUCGCCACGUAGAUCGCCGGCCACCCUACACAAAUGCGUCGUAGUACACUUAGUUAAGGCCGCGCUGGCAAGGGUGAACGCCGUGAGGCAUGACGACUUGCCAAACGUGUUUUAAUUAGAGGUGAAUUCCGUUGUGCACGGGACUACUUGAGAGAGCGGCGUUCCUUAUGUAAAGGAUCUAUACAUAAGAUCAUUUCGGCUUCAAACUCUGCACAUUUCAGACGCUGUCUAUCGGCAAGAUGAACGAUUUUGGUUACGGAAAACGGAGAGCAAGUAACGAUCGGUACGAUAACGAUCGAGAUAAACGGAUGGAAAUGGAAAAUCGGAGUAGGAACCCAGACUCCGACACAGGGCCUGGGACUCUUAAACGAUUGGAUAGCAUUCAGGAUCCGGGAAAAAGAUACGCGCUGAAGGAUCGUAUCGGUGUCGGCAUAUGCGGCGACGUGUACGAGGGAAUUGAUCAACAAGCUGGAAAUAAAAAGGUCGCCAUUAAGAUUCAAAAACUCACGCCGGAAACGCAAUCUCUGAUUGUGGAGGAGUAUCGUAUUCUUCGCGAUUUCUCCGGUCAUCCAAAUCUCCCCGAUUUCUACGGAAUAUAUCGCAGACGAUCCGCGAAGAAAACCGAGUACGAUGAGAUAUGGUUCAUCAUGGAGUUUUGCGAGGGAGGAACGGUUUUGGAUCUCGUUCACGGGAUGAGCGCAAGUGACAAAAGAAUGCGAGAGGAGCAUAUUGCCUUCAUCUUGAAAGAAGUGAUCAAGGCUUUAAUCCACUUGCACGAGCACAAUGUAAUCCACAGGGACAUCCGUGCCAGUAACAUCAUUCUAACGAAGGAAGGCGAAGUGAAAUUGGUCGAUUUUGGACUCUCCAGAAUACUGAAUAACGAACUCGAGAAACGGCACACUUGCAUAGGCUCGCCGUCCUGGAUGGCGCCGGAAGUCAUCAAAGGAGCUGAUAGCGGAUACGAUAACAAGGUCGACGUAUGGGCGAUCGGUAUCACGGCGAUAGAGCUCGCCGAUGGCAAAGCACCCUUCGAGGACAUGCAUCCGACACGCGCUCUCUUCCAGAUAGUCCGGAAUCCACCGCCGACCGUCUACCGACCCGCCAACUGGUCGGAGAAUCUCAACGACUUCAUCUCGGAAUGCCUCGAAAAGAAUCCCGAGAACAGACCAUAUAUAGUGGAAAUCAUCGAACAUCCCUUCUUGUCGGAGUUACCCGAGAACGAUUACACGUUGACGCAAGAAAUAAAAUCAUUGAUGAUGGAUGUCUCCAAGAAAGGCAAAGAACAAAGAAAAACGGAAUCGAUAGUUCGUAAUGGUUUUCUGAAGUCUCGUAAGGAUGAACCAGCGGAACAGAUGCUCACGGAGGAUUUGGCGGCGUUGGAGAUCCUAACCGAAGACGUGAUCCUGGAUGAACUUCGCGAAAGACUAGAGCGGGGUGAAUAUCAUACAUUUGUCGGCGAUGUUCUACUGAUACUCAAUCCGAACGAGAACCGCGAUAUUUACGGUGCUUACCAUCACAUGAAAUAUCAAUGCAAAUCGCGAUCGGAUAACGCCCCUCAUAUCUAUUCCGUGGCGGACAGCGCGUUUCAAGACGUUAUGCAUAACGAAGAACCGCAGCACAUUUUGCUGGCUGGUGAGAGCAACUCUGGAAAAACGACAAACAUGCUGCAUUUAGUGAAACAUCUUCUGUUCCUCGGAAAAGGUCUGCAAGACACUGGAAUGAGAGUGCUGCGAGCUAUAAAAAUUAUUCAUGCUUUUACCAAUGCGGCGACACCGCUUAAUGCUAAUUCCACUAGAUGCAUAUUACAAAUACAGACGACUUUCGGCUCAACGGGCAAAGCAUCGGGUGCGAUAUUUUGGCUAUAUCAAUUGGAAAAAUGGCGUGUUUCCACUCGUGACAGAAAUCAAUCAAACUUCCAUGCCUUUUAUUACUUGUACGACGGUCUCGAUGCGUCGAGAAAAUUAAAGAACUAUUGCCUAUCAAGUGGAAAAAGAUUUCGAUAUCUUAGAAUAACCGACAAGAAUGACGAAAAGAAACGAGCGUUCAAAGUGAGAAACGAUCCAGAGCACAACGCGGUCAAGUUUGAGGAACUUAAAGAAAAUUUUAAGUUUCUGGAAAUGGAAGAGCACUGCGAGACUAUUUGGAAAAUCCUCGCAGCUAUUCUGAUACUCGGGGAGAUCCGAUUCGUCGAAGGUAAUAACGGAGAGGCUGAAUUGGACAGCAACGAAGUCGCUAACAGAGUAGCCGAACUCCUUGGCUUAGACCCGAGAAAAUUUAUUUGGGCUCUCAUUAAUUAUUGCUUCAUCGUGAAAGGAUCAGCUGUGCGUAGAAAACACACUUGUGAAGAGGCAAAAGAAGCACGGGAUGUCUUGGCAAAUACUCUUUAUCAGCGUUUAGUAGACUGGAUAAUCAAUGUCAUCAAUUAUAAGCUCUCAAUGACUCGUAGCCUUUAUGGCGACAAAUAUUCUAUCAGCAUCCUCGAUCACUUCGGAUUUGAAUGUUUCUCAGUAAAUCGAUUGGAACAAUUGCUAAUAAAUACAAUGAACGAGCAAAUGCAAUAUUAUUAUAAUCAGAGGGUAUUCACUUGGGAAAUGCAAGAACAAGAUGAAGAAGAUAUACCCACACGAAGAUUACGCUUUUAUGAUAAUAAAGAAGCAGUCGAUCAGUUGAUGAACAAGGAGAAUGGUCUCCUGCGUAUUAUCGAUGAUGCUUCGCGACAAAUGCAGGACGCUCAGUACAUUUUCGAGAGGAUCAAAAGGCAUAAGCAUGGCAUUUAUGUGAAACCAAUGAGUUCGCACGAGUUCACGAUUGCACACUAUACCGGCAAAUUGGUAUACGACGCCAACGAAAUCGCAGCGAAAAACCGAGAUUUCGUGCCGCCGGAAAUGAUCGGCACGAUGAGAUAUUCCUCGAAUGAUGAAGUUAAGCAAAUGUUCACCAACAAACUGACCAAAUCGGGCAAUUUGACGAUCGUCCAUGAACCUUGUCUCGCGGCAAAGAAAACGUCGAAAAAUAAAUGGAGUGCUCUUAUGCAGGAAUCUUCCAAUUUCCGCAGAUACAAUACUGCGUCUAGAGGACAAUAUUCGCAGACUCGCAAAAUGCGGACGUGUAUGUUAACGUUCAGAGCAACAAGUCUCGAAAUUCUGAAAAAUCUUGCGAUAGGAGCGGGAAGUGGCACGCAUUUUGUUAGAUGCAUACGCUCCGACCUCGAAGAUGCUCCUCAAGGUUUUUAUCGGGAAGUUGUCAGACAGCAAAUCAGAGCGUUAGCAGUACUUGACACAGCAAAAGCCAGACAACGCGGUUAUCCAUAUAGAAUACCUUUCCAAGAAUUUCUUCGCAGAUAUAAAUUUCUGGCCUUCGAUUUUAACGAAACAGUCGAGAUGACGAAAGAUAAUUGCAGAUUACUUCUGGUCAGAUUAAAGAUGGAAGGAUGGAUUAUCGGCAAGACCAAGGUCUUCUUGAAAUACUACAAUGAAGAAUAUCUAUCGUGCUUAUACGAGACACAAGUAAAAAAGAUCAUAAAAGUACAGUGUAUGAUGCGUGCCUUUUUAGCGCGCAAGAACAUCGUUUCAAAGAUGAGCAUCAAAAAGAAGAUUGAAAAAAAAGCGUCACUCAAAAAGAAUGACUCGCUUUCGGAAGAUGAAGCGGCAUUGAUGAUACAGAAAGCAUACAGAGGACAUACAGUGAGAAAGGAAAUGGGGCCCUUACUGAAGAGAGAUAUGAAUCAAGAAACGAAGGAUUUUAUCAAAUUCUAUUGCAGCAGGUGGAGAUCGAAGAGCAUGUUCCAAGUCCUCCUACGGUACCGUGCAGCCCGUUAUCAAGACCUCGUGCAGUUUUCGCAACAGGUUCAUCUGUACAAUCAAUCAAUAGUGGCAACUUUGAACGACACAAAUAGACCUGUAUCUCUUGAAAAAAUCGAUCCAAACGCCAAAGUAGAUGCCUACAGUGAAAUGAAACCACCUCAAGUUUACAAAUUACCUUUCAAUAUGCAACAAGAACUAUCAUACUUCGAUACAAGCUAUAUGAACGAUCCCUCGAACAUAAAAAUUAAACAUGCAGGAUCAAUAUCCACGAUAAGCGACGACGAACACGAGUCUUGGGAUGCACCAUUACGUAGGCAAACCGUUCCUUGGGCCAACAAUAACGUUAACGUUAGAGAUGUAGAGGUUCAAACGACAAACUCACCACAUCGCGUUCUCCUUCAUCGUUUGUCGAUUGGAGGAGAACAAAGUUUGAUCAACACUCCGUUCACCAGGGAUCCUAAUGUUCCGAUUCAGUGUCCAGUAGAGGAUCCAACUCGCCACAAGAGUCGAGCUCCCGGCUUUCAAAUUGCAAAUGAGCGUGGCACCAUACAAUCCUCCGAAUCUCACAUUCCUUACUCUAACAAUAUCGAUAAUGCUGGAUCAGCACGCUGCAGACAAAAAGUACCACUAUUCAAUCAAGGGCAACCUUCAACAAUGCGAAAUUUUAACCAUUAUGAGUCAGAUGUUCGAAACAGAAACAACAUUGAUGGAGAUUCAAGCUGGAAGUUUGAGGAUAAGCUUAAUCGCAAUAUCAAUAAUAAUAUUCGUGUAAAUCCCAUCAAGGAAUUAGAAAUAAUUGGACAAGUUAGAAACAAUAAUGAUGAAAACGAUGACGCACCUCCGUUUAACUUUCAGGCGAUGCUGCGGAAAACUCCUCAUCAGCGUGCUUCGAUGAAACGCAAUCCUGUAUAUGAGAGCAUCACAUCGCCGUCAAUGCCAGAAUUUUAUCGUCGCGGUAACGAAAACUUAUGCAACUCGAAUGUCACCAACAAAAGUGGCGGUAGUCGAGAUUCACCAGAGUGGAGUCCAAACGAGAUGAUUCUCAUGUCAGAGAAAUACGCGAAGCAGGACGCAUGGAAUGAGAAAUGCGCCAACAACGGCGAUAGUGUUACUACGGAGAUUGCACCAGGCAUUGUCAUCAAAGGCCAAGUGGUUGAGCUAUAAAGUAUCGAAGAGAGAUUCUGUCUACCAAUCAGAUAUUAAGAUACAUAUAUCUUGAAUUCAGGCUUAAAGCUUGAAAAUUGCCGAUUACUGAUGCAACAUUGUAACAAAGCCCAUAAACGAUGGAGAUUAUAAUCAUCCAUAGAUAUUUCUGCGAAAUUAUUGAUUAAAUAUAUCAACGAUUGCUAGGUAUGAAUAUAUAAUUAAUAUUCUGACGAUGACUUAUUUAUAACAGAAUGUUACUCCUCCAUUGAUAUUCAUUUUAAUGUCAUUAUCAAUAACUCAGAAUCAAUAUUCAAUCUCAUUAUGAAAAACUUAACAUCAAUGAAAUUAUACCUAGCACACUAUAAUAACAUUGUGAAUUUAUAAUAAACACGCAUGAUGUGGAUGGAAAAAUAUAAAAAUACUGAUGUGAAAUAAUUCACAUAAAGAUAAUAAUUUGUCUAUACAUAUAUCACAGUAGUUUAUAUAUAUGAAAACGUAUAUUAUUUUGCCAUCUAUCUUUAUGCAUUCAUUCUUAAUAAAUAAUAUUUAAGAUGCCGUUUUUGAGAGUUAGAGAGAACAUCAUAUAAAAACAGCAAUAAAAAAAAUUAUACAAU